CGCCAUAGCCUCCCAAGGCGAUGUAGCGGUGCAUUACAUAUACUCUUGACCUAGGUUUUAUUGCUAAGCUUAAUAAAAGCCUUUUUUGAAACCAAAUUAUUGCAAAUAUAUUUUCUUUACGUAAUUUAAAUUUUUUUACCUCACAUCACUUUACAACCGGUGUCUUAAAUCUCGGGUCGCAUCGUUAUCUUUCCAACAAAAAGGGUUUCUUAAACCUCAACUUCAAUGGAGUCUCUGGUUCUAUCAUCACCCUCAUCUUCAUCUUCUUCACCAAUUGCUGCCCUUUUACACAGAACCCACAACUCAAAUUCACUAUCCUCAAAUGGGUUCACUCUAUCUUUCCCAAUUUCUUCACAAAAUGCUCCCUUUACCCUCAGAAAAUCAGUCGUUAUGGCCGCCAAGAAAAAUAACAAUUCUGACAAGAAGAAACAAGAUAGACACAGCUUUGUAGCCAAACCAGAUGAAACCACUGGUAUUUUUCCUGAAUCAGUUUUGCUGAAAGAGAAAGUAGUGCAGGAAGACGGUAAACUUCUUCCAGAAUUUGCGGACGCCGAAGAACAGGAACUCUAUGAAGCUCUAAAUCUUAUGCUGGAAAGCGACUUGGAUGCCGAACAAAAUCGUCACUAUGAAGUGGUCUAUCUAAUCCAUGAAAAAUUUGAAGAAGAAGUUGAGAAAGUAAAUCAAAAAAUUCAAGAGUUUCUAAGUGAGAAAAAGGGUCGAGUUCACAGAUUCAGCGAUUGGGGGCUUCGGAGGCUGGCUUACAAAAUACAAAAAGCGAAAAGUGCACAUUACAUCCUGAUGAACUUUGAAAUUGAAGCAAAAUGGAUCAAUGAAUUCAAGAGUAUGCUAGAUAAAGAUGAAAGAGUCAUCCGACACCUCGUCAUGAAACAGGACAACGCUAUCACAGAGGAAUGCAUACCGCCACCGGAGUUCCACACGCUUCGUGGUGACAUGGAUGACGACGACGACGACGAUGAUGAUGAUGAGUAUGAUGAAGAUGAGGAUGACGACGACGAUGAUGUAGAGAGCAUUGACAAUGGUGAUGAGCCGGGCAUCAUUUAUGUCGAAGAUGAUUCGGCUGAUCAUGGAAACGAAAAAGAUCGUAAACCCGUUGGUUUUGGAGGAAGGAGAAAACUUGAAAAGUCAAAGAAAUAAGAACUAGUAAUCGAUCUUCGGUUUGAUAUCCAUAUGUUAUUGUAAUGAAUUUGACUUUUGUAAAGUCAAUUUUGAUUUGAAAUGUCUAGUCUUUAGGGCGUUGAAGCUUGUAACAA